AUGGGGGUGGGAAGAGGGGGAUACAAUUUUCACUAUGGUUUACUGACUUCAGCCCCCAGAACCUCAACACCCGCCUUCCCAGGACCCUUGCUCCUCCUGGUCCUCGUGGUGACUUCAGCUGAGGGCACUGGGUCUGGCCUCAAGGAAUGCCUGAUACUGCAGUCGGCUCAGGGCAGCACGGUCUCCUGCCAAGGUCCCUCUGAGUUCCCGGGUCCCCUCCCGAACGACACUGUGCAUCUGUCGGUGGAAUUCUCUAACCUGACGCAGCUGCCGCCCUCAGCCCUGCAAGGGUAUCCCGGUCUGCGGGAGCUGCACCUCUCCAGCAAUCGCCUGCAGGCGCUGCUCCCUGGGCUGCUGGUGUCCGUGCCUAGGCUGGAGGUCCUAGAUCUUACCCGCAACAAGCUCAGCAGCCUGCCCCCCGGGCUGUUCAACGCCUCCGCUGCUCUGCGCACCCUGGUCCUGAGGGAGAACCAGCUGCAGGCGGCGAGCGAGCAGUGGCUGCAGGGCUUGGACGCCCUAGGUCACCUGGACCUGGCUGGGAAUCGGCUGCGCUUGCUGCCGGAUGAGCUCCUCUCCAGGCUCAGCACCCUGCACACCCUCGACCUUGGGGAAAACCUGCUGGAGACGCUGCCCGCGGGGUUCCUGCUGGGCCCAAGACGGCUACAGCGCCUGCACCUGGAAGGGAACCGGCUGCGGAGGCUGGGGACUGACCUGCUUGCGCCCCAACCAUUUCUGAGGGUCCUGUUCCUUAAUGACAACCAGCUGACUGAGGUGGCGGCCGGCGCCUUCCGGGGCCUAAAACAGCUGGACAUGUUGGAUCUGUCCAACAACUCUCUGUCCAGCACGCCCCCGGGCCUGUGGGGGUCCCUGGGGAGGCCAGCCCACGACAUGCACGAUGGCUUCGAUGUCUCCCACAACCCCUGGGUCUGCGACAAGAACCUGGUGGACUUGUAUCGCUGGCUGAACGCCAACAAACACAAGAUGUUCUCGCAGAAGGACACGCUCUGUGCAGGACCGGAGGCCGUGAGAGGACAGCGGCUGCUGGAAGUGGUGGGGCUGGAGUCCCUGUGA